AUGUCUCGAAUUUUCAUUACAGGCUCCAGCGAUGGAAUUGGCCUCUCGGCCGCAAAACUUCUCUCCGAACAAGGCCACACAGUAGUCUUACACGCGCGUAACUCAGACCGCGCAGCAACAACGCAACAAGCCGUUCCAAACGCCAAAGUCCUCAUUGCCGACCUCCGCUCUAUAAAGGAGACCAAAGCCCUCGGCCAGGAAGCCAACACACACGGCCCAUAUGAUGCUAUCAUCCACAACGCAGGCAUAGGCUUCGGUGCGACAUCCUCACGCGAGAUCACAGAUGAUGGCAUCUCUGCUGUGUUUGCGGUCAACACACUCGCACCAUAUAUCUUGACUUGUUUGAUGGAUCGGCCAAAACGACUCCUGUACAUGAGCUCGGAUAGCCAUUACGGGGGUGACAACUCGUUGCGGAAUGUGAAGACUUCGCAUUCGUAUGGUGAUAGCAAGUUGCAUGAUAUGAUGCUUGCGAAUGCUUUCGCGAGACGUUGGGGGGAUACUCAAGUUGUUAGUAUGCAUCCUGGUUGGGUGAGGACGAAGAUGGGGGGUAGUAUGGCGCCUGGCGGUAUUGGGAAGCCGACGAAGGCAUUGGCGGAGUGGGCGAUUGGGGUCGGCGAGUUGGCGAAGUUGAGGACUGGGUGUUUCUUCUCGCCUGGGGGCGAGGAGAGACCUGAUAAAGCUGCUGGGGAUGUGGGGAAGCAGGAGGAGCUGUUGGAGAUCUGCCAGGAGGUUUCUGGGGUCCAGGUUCCUGCUUAG